CAGCUGUACAUUGUACUAGGACACAGAAAACAAAGAGGUAGGGUGAAAGUAGCAAAAUCUGACAUUCAGAACAGUGGAAGUCGUAGAAGAGCCAUGAACUUCAUCCCCAGCUUCUCUUCAGAGACAUGGAUCCUAAUAGCUUUAUUUUGGGUUCUCUUUUUAAUUUACGGUGUAUGGCCAUAUGGAAUAUUUAAGAAGCUGGGAGUUCCAGGCCCCUUUCCAGUUCCAUUUAUUGGAACAUUUCUUGGAUAUAGAAAAGGUGUGGUACAGUUUGAUCUGGAAUGCUUUAAAAAAUAUGGAAAGUUAUGGGGACUGUAUGAUGGAAGACAACCGGUUCUUGCAAUUCUAGACCCUGUUUUAAUAAAAGCCAUUUUGGUGAAAGAGUGUUACACUAACUUCAUAAAUAGACGGAAUUUUGGCCUUAAUGGUCCCUUUGAGUCAUCUAUAACAAUUGCUGAGGAUGACCAGUGGAAGAGGAUUCGGACGGUGCUCUCACCCACAUUUACCAGUGGGAAACUGAAGGAGAUGUUCCAGAUAAUGAAUGACUACUCUAAUAAACUGGUCAAGAAUAUACAAGUUUAUGUUGCCAACGAUGAGCCAUGUCCAAUGAAGGAUGUUCUGGGAGCCUACAGUAUGGAUGUUGUCACCAGCAGUUCCUUCAGUGUGCAUGUGGAUUCUUUGAACAAGCCUGAUGACCCCUUUGUUAAAAAGACCAAGCAACUUCUAAAGUUUGGAUUGUUCAGCCCAAUGCUUAUAUUUGUAGUUAUUUUCCCAUUCCUUCGUCCUAUCCUGGAGGGGCUGAAUGUCACUUUGUUUCCAAAAGAGUUUUUAACUUUUUACAUGAAUGCAGUUACUAGUUUCAAGGAGAAGCGUCAAAAAGGAGAUCAUUCAGGUCGUGUGGACUUCCUACAGCUUAUGCUGGAUUCUAGAACAGAAGACAUCAGUGGUGUGGACAAAGAACAAAAAGCAAUGACAGAUUCAGAAAUAAUGGCUCAAUCCGUUGUUUUUAUACUCGCUGGAUAUGAGACCACUAGUAUGACACUGACCUAUCUAUUUCAUAACCUGGCAACACACCCUGAUGUACAGCUAAAACUGCAAGAGGAAGUUGACUCCUAUCUUCCCAAUAAGGCCAGUGCCACUUAUGACAUUCUGAUGCAAAUGGAAUAUCUGGAUAUGGUGAUUCAGGAAACUCUCCGAAUGUACCCUCCUGCAGGAAGAGUAGAGAGGGUUUCAAAGAAAACUGUUGAAAUCAAUGGUGUUACCAUACCACAAGGAAUGGUCUGUAUGAUCCCAGCAUACGUGUUGCAUAAUGACCCAGAAUACUGGACCGAGCCCGAGGAAUUUCGGCCUGAAAGGUUUAGCAAGGAAAACAGAGAAAGUCAUACUCCAUACACAUUCAUUCCCUUUGGAGAUGGACCACGAAACUGCAUUGGAAUGAGGUUUGCAUUGCUAAGUAUGAAAGUAGCAAUAACGGCCAUCCUCCAGCACUUCACAUGUCGACCCUGUGAAGACACUCUGGUCCCAAUGGAGUUCAACACUCAAGGUUUCAUGCAACCCAAGAAAACCAAUUAUUUUGAAAUUUGUAUCUCGAUCUUGAGAAGAGAACUCCCAAAUACAGAAUGUGUCCUCUAA